AUGCCGUACCUGUCCUCUCCCAUUGAUGGCGCACGCCUCGUCUACAGCGACUAUGGCCCCCCUCCUCCAUCCGACAGCAGCUCCGCAAAUGCCGAACUCAAGCCUUUCCAGCCUUCCAACACGCUCACCACCACCCCACUCCCCACUCUCGCCGAGUCAUUUACCCUCGUCUUCCUCCACGGCUGGCCCAUGUCCUCGCGCAUGUUUACGCACCUGAUGCUGCCCCUCUCGCAGAACCACGGCAUCCGCUGUGUGGCGCCCGACCGCCGCGGUUUCGGGAAGUCGGAAUGGGGUGGUAUUUCUGGAGAGGACAAGGACACCAGGCAGGAAAUGACGACAACGUACGAUACUUUCGCUGCCGAUACAAGGGCUGUACUUCAGCACGCGGGGAUCGACGGGAACUGGGCGUUCGCGGCUGCGAGUAUGGGGUGUGGUGAGGCGUUGCUGGCGUGUGAGGGUUUGGAGGAAGGGUUGAAGGAACGGUUCAAGGGCUUCAUCUGGAUGGGUCCGAGUCUGCCCUUUCCGUUGCAGUGCGAGAGCAACCCCACAGCGCCGCCUCGGGAGCUGUGGGACACGAUCCUGCAGGGCCUGCGAGACGAUCGCGUGGGGUUUGUGCGCGAGGCGAUCCAUGGCGUGUUUGGGACAAGGGCAGAUAUGGGGCUGGGUAUUGUGAGUCGGCUGCCCCCCUACUUUGAGGAUAUUGUCAAGCAGGCAGACGCAUUAGCGGUGGAGAGAUGCACAAUGAUCAUCACCGGGAGAGAUCUCAGCGAGGAAUUAAAGAAGGUUGAUCGGAGGGUCUUGGUGCUGCAUGGAGACGGCGAUCAGGGUAUGCCGGCUUCGGCGAGCGCUCACUUGAUCGAGAAACUCGUCCCGGUGGAUCUGUGUGAGGUGAAGAUCUACGAAAAGGCAGCUCAUGGCUUGUAUUUGACCCACGCUGGACAAGUGAUGGAGGACAUUUUGCGCUUUGUCUCGACCGCGAGUCCAUCUUAG